AUGACGGACAACAGUAGUGAGGUGGUGGACUGGGAGACGUUAAAUGAUGCUAGUUACGUCUCGAUAGGAGUGUAUCUUAUUACACUGGCCCCUACAGCCAUGUUUGGAAACUGUCUCGUUCUUUUUGUAUUCUGGCGGAAGAGCUUGUACAAGAGACCGGUAAAUUGGUUCAUUGUCAAUCUAGCGGUGGCGGAUCUAACAGUUUCUCUUUUGGCACUUCCAAUGUCAGCGACCACCGCCUUUAGCAAGAGGUGGAACCUCGAAGUAGCAGGUUGUCAAUUGUACGCUUUUAUCAGUUUCGCAGGCGCUUGCAACAACAUUUUGACUUAUGCCGCUAUUAGCUAUUUCCGCUGCCAGAUUGUCUGCAAGAACAGAUACAUAGCCCGAGUAAAGUAUGGGCGGAUCCUGGGAACUUUAGUGGCGAUCUGGAGCUUCAGUAUUCUUUGGACUCUUUCCCCACUCCUGGGAUGGAACACUUAUGAGUUGGAGCCGUACAACAUAACCUGUAGUAUUCGCUGGACUGGUCACUCGCUUGGUGAUAAGUCCUAUGUAUGGCUGUGUUUGCUGUUUGUCUAUAUAUUCCCGAUGACCAUUUCCCUCAUGAUGACAGUGACAUUCGUAUUUACUUGGACACCUUAUGCCAUCUUGUCUACAGUAGCUGCAGCUGGUAUUAACAUCACAUCACCGAUCGCAUUACUACCAACACUAUUCGCAAAAUCCUCUUGUGCAUACAAUCCAUUUAUGUUCUUUCUAAGCCACAAUACAUUCAAAUCUUUCAAAUGGGGCUUCGCCUCGUGCACGAAAAACAAUGCCGAGGAUUCUGGGAGGCUAUACAUGAGCAGGGUGAAGUUUAACAAUCGUGUGGAACCUUCAGAUUUACCCAGGUGUUCCACAGAUUCCGACACUGACUCUGAUUCUGAGGACGAAAAUAUCUUAUUACCUGCACUAGCAGGCGCUAUAAAGAAAGAAAAACCAAAAAUAUAUGGAUAUGUGGAGGAUGUGGUUCCCCUUUAUUCUGAUGCUUCAUUUAGAAGAAUGUUUCGACUGUCAAGACAGACAUUUCAAAUCCUCUCUUCAUAUCUAGAGGAAGUUCCAGAGAUGAAGAAAGACGGUAAUGGUGGUAAAGAACGAAUGUCUCCACAAAAAGAUAUUUUAACCACAUUAUGGUACUUAGGGACUCUCGACAGCAUUGACAGGAUAGCAGACCGUUUUGGCAUUUCGCCAUCCUCGGUAAUCAGGGCUAGAGACCGAGUUAUGAAUUCAAUUCUAACUCAUCUCAAGUCAAAAUUUAUAAAAUGGCCCAAUCCCAAUGAAUUAAAUCAAAUCGCAAACAAUUUCCAGCAAAAGAACGGAUUUCCAGGGAUUGCUGGUGCAUUAGAUGGGACUCAUAUUAGAAUAGCAAAACCAACAAACCAUGGAGAUUCAUACAUCAAUAGGAAGGGAUUUCCUUCCUUGCAGUUACAAGCGGUAUGCAAGGAAGACAUGAUGUUUACUCAUGUAUUUACCGGAUUUCCAGGAAGCUGUCACGACGCAAGAGUUUUUAGGAAUUCCGAUUUAUGGGAAAAUGGAUUACAAAUGAUUCCAAAUAUAUACCAUAUCAUAGCUGACGCAGCCUAUCCACUAAGAAUAUGGCUACUCACUCCCUACCGAGACAAUGGUCACCUGACACACGAGCAACGCCGCUAUAACAACUACCUGUCCAGCAACAGAAUGGUAAUUGAGAGAGCAUUUGCUCUUCUGAAGGGUAGAUUCCGCCGAUUGCGUUUCCUGGAAACCCAGAAAAUUGAGUAUGCUGUCAAAAUUAUCAUGACCUCUUGUGUUUUACAUAAUGUCUGCAUUUUCAACCAUGAUGAAGUCGACGAUUUCAUUCAGCAAGAUGUUAUUGCAGCAAAUUAUAAUGUUCCAGGAAUCCAGGACUGUGAAGCCCAGGGUGUACAGAAACGUAAUCAAAUAGCCAGGAAUCUUUUGUGA